AAUUUAAUUGGUUCAGGUGGUAGUUGAAAAAUAAAACAAAAGUUGGCCUGCCUAUUAAGGGAGGUAGAGAGUACUAGCAUGUUUUUUGUUGCUUCCCUUCUAGUUCUGGUGUAAGAUGUUGUAGGAAAACACACCACUACUCCACCAGCUAAGAUCUGUUUGUAAUGGAUCCAUUGGCUUUGGCACCUCAUGUUGCCAUCUUCCCUUUUCCUGCUCAAGGCCAUGUGAACUCCAUGCUUAAACUGGCUCAGCUUCUUUCUCUUUCCAACUUUCAUAUCACCUUUCUUGUCACCGUCGACACACAUGAACGCCUCCUAAAAAACACAGAUGUGUUGUCCAGAUUUGGUAGCGGAUUCCAGUUGCAAGCACUUCCCCAUGGGAUUUCUAUGGAUAACGUGAAUACUCGUGAUGGAAUAUCGAUGCUGUACCAUUCUCUAAGUGUAAUUGCCAAACCAUUUCUUAAAGAAUUCAUUGUCAAUUCUCCCGUGACAUGUAUCAUAGCCGACGGAAUCUUAAGCAUGGCGGAUGAUGCAGCCGAGGAAAUCAACUUGCCUAUUAUCUAUUUCCGCACCAUCAGUGCCUGUUCCUUCUGGUCCUACUUUUGCAUCCCUGAGCUUAUUCAAGCUGGAGAACUUCCCCUCAAAGAAAAUGCAAUGGACUUCACAUUGACGAAGGUAAAAGGCAUGGAAGAUUUCCUGAGGGGGCGAGACCUUCCAAGCUUUUGUCGGUCGAGAGACUUAACUAGCCCGGAUAUGAGGAUACUCAUGUUUGAGACGCAACAAACCCCUCGAGCGCGGGGACUCAUACUUAACACAUUUGAAGACCUUGAAGGGCCCAUACUUUCUCAAAUUCGAACAGUGUGUCCAAAUGUUUACACAAUUGGAGCAGUUCAUGCCCAUCUAAAGACUAGACUUCCAAAAUCUACCUCUUCAAACAGUUUGUGGCAAGAAGAUGAAAGUUGCAUGAGUUGGCUUGAUACGCAGCCACCAAAAUCUGUGAUAUAUGUCAGUUUUGGAAGCAUUGCAGGGUUGACAAGGGAGGAGUUGUUAGAGUUUUGGUACGGUAUGGUGAAUAGUGAACAAAAGUUCUUAUGGGUGAUGAAGCCAGACUUGAUAAUAGGACAAGAGAGAAAAGAUGAGAUUCCUGCGGAGCUGGAGCAGGGUACAAAGGCAAGGGGCUACAUGACUGAUUGGGUUCCACAAGAAAAGGUGUUGGCACAUACAGCAAUUGGGGGUUUCUUGACUCACUCUGGGUGGAAUUCCACAUUGGAGAGUAUAGUUGAAGGAGUGCCUAUGAUUUGCUGGCCAAGAUUUGCUGAUCAGCAAGUGAACAGUAGAUUCGUUGGAGAGGUUUGGAAGAUGGGAUUGGAAAUAAAAGAUACAUGUGACAGAGACAUUAUUGCAAAAUCAAUUAGAGAUUUGAUGGAGAAGAGAAAAGGUGAAUUCUCGCAACGAAUGGAGCACAUGGCAAGUUUGGCAAAAAGAGCUGUCAAUGAAGGUGGGUCGUCAUACAUUAAUCUGAACCGUCUUAUACAGGACAUAAGAUCGAUGACUCCGCCACUGAAACAAACCUGAUUCAGCUUGAAACUUAAUCUUGUUAGUGUUUGUUAGCUGGGACUAAAUUGUAGCCUAGAGAUUGCAGAUUUAUUCUGCCCAUUCUGAAUAACUCUACCAACAAAUGUAGCUUCACUUUUAGAACUGCAGUCAUUUACAAGUAGCUCUGCAGCAAUAAAUAAACCAAGCUUUUAUGGA